AAUUCGAUUUACGAUGAUUUUGGACUCGUAAAGAGUAUCUUAGAUUGAUGGAAACCGUAGUCUUAGAGUUGGUCUGAGACGCUACCUUGUAUUUUAGUUAAUAUGAAUAACAAAUACACAAGUAUUUUGUCUAUGUACUUACGAAGCUUUCUAUGGAAUUUAAUCAACAACUGGUUUCUACAAAGACAGAGCGGUAGUUCACGAGAUUGUCAAAGAAAAGGUAACCUUCAUACAUCAAGUAUAACAGAACACCAUGGAAACUCUACUGAUGCAUCAAAUUUGCGACCACAGUUUGAAAAACUGCCACUUGAAGUGAUAAGUAGCGAUAACAGAAACACAGUAAUACAAAAUAUAGAAUUUGCAUUGGUGACAAGAACAACAGCAAAGCCUCUUAUAGAAGUUCAGACGGACCUUGCUGGAAAUAAACCUUCCACUCAAACUGACAAAGAUAGUAUUUUCUUUAUAAGUGCUAGAACGGCUGCACAGGCAAUUCUCAAUACAACUACUUCCAGUUUAAAUAUCAUUAUUAUUGACUGUCGAUUUCCUUACGAAUAUGAGGGUGGUCAUAUAAGGAAUGCAUAUAAUUGCUACAUUCCUAAGCAAGUGAGUCAAUACCCUAAGAGAUCGUUGUUCAUUAAAAUUCACAAAUUUCAAGAUAGAAGACCUUCUUUGUCCUCCUGGAUGGGAGACUCAACCUGUGGCGGACGCCAUCAUAUUUUACUGCGAGUAUUCAUCUCAUCGUGCUCCAAAAAUGUCACAGAAUUUAAGAAGUCUUGAUAGGAAUGCUCACUUUCACAGUUACCCCUUCUUAUCAUAUCCUCAUUUAUAUAUUAUAUCGAAAGGAUACAGAGAAUUCUACAUUGAGUUUCCCGAACUCUGUGUUCCUCAAGGUGGCUACACACCAAUGAGAC